CUCAGAAAAAGCAUAUCGUAAAAUAAUUUCCGGAAUCCUGCAGUUGUCGUCGACAACGUAGAGAGAAAGACGCCACACUCUGGUAAUAUGAACGUUUCUAUUUGUAGUCACGCUGGUGUAGAAGCAUUUUAACUCUAUCACUGUAUACAUAAAUAAUAGUACUGAGUUGUCUAAAAACGUGCUUUGACGUUGGCUAACGUUAAAUACUGUAUCACCAUAGACAAUGUAAACGCAUGUAAACUUUACAUUUACUUAAACAACUAUAGUAUAUUAUCACCAUCGAACUUGUUAACUACACACAUGUACAUUUUUAAAGUAAUCUGGAUCAUUUAAUGAGUUCCUGUGAGCAUUAGUUACCAGUUAAUUAGAACCAUCAUGUAACGGUAAUUACUUGUGUUAACUUGUUUUUUAUGUCUUCCUGCUUUCUAGGGAGAGAUUGGAAAUUUAAGAUGGGAGAUCGGGUGAAUAACUUCCCUCCAUUGCCUCCGUUCAUGAGAAUAAAGUCCUGUUUUUACCAGAACAUCGAAGAGGAGAUUCCUGAACUUUACCAGCAGUUAGUGAAAAGAAUCUACACCCUUUGGAUGAUGUAUUCAGGCACGCUGUGUUUGAAUGUGAUCUCAUGUGUUGCCUGGUGGGCUGGAGGGGGAGGUGCGGCCAACUUUGGCUUCUCCCUCCUUUGGUUGAUCCUCUUCAGUCCGUGUAGUUACACCUGCUGGUUCAGACCCCUCUACAAAGCCUUCAGAGCCGACAGCUCGUUCAACUUCAUGGCCUUCUUCUUCAUCUUCUUCCUCCAGUGUCUCUUAGCCUUCAUCCAGACUAUUGGAAUACCUGGAUGGGGAACAAGCGGCUGGAUUGCCACUGUGACGUUUUUCAGCUACAAUGUGGGCUCAGCUAUUGUGAUGCUUAUCACCACUCUGCUCUUCACUGUGGUCACUGCUCUAAUGGCCCUAACCCUCAUCAAGGUGCACAGGAUGUACCGUGGCGGCGGCGGCAGCAUGAAGCGCGCUCAGGAGGAGUGGAGCACCGGCCUGUGGAAGAGUGCCCCGGUGAGAGAGGCGGGCUUCAAUGCUGUCACCCAGACAGCCCAAGGUCCCAGUUUGCCCCAGUACCCGGCCGCAGUGCCCAGUUACCCCGACAACAGCCACUGGGGGUAACUGGGAGUCGUGUCUAGAGACACACAGCUCUAUUUCAUCUCAGCCUCGUGUGACCAAAGGUUGUAUCUUCAAACAAUGCCAUUCCAUUUCAAGUUCUAUUUAGAUGUAGGUUAUUUAAAUGAAUGAGAGACACUUUUAUGCUCAAAAUAGUUUCAAAGAUGCAAUUGGGUAUGAGUGGGGCGAGUGCCUUAUGGAACUUUGAUAGUUUCAUCAUACUAGGACUGUUACUGUGCCAAACAUCCACCCUCAUCCCUUUUAUAACAAUUGGGCCCCAGAGAACCAUCAGAAUUCUGUUGGGUGUAUUAUUCUCUUUAUUUUUGAUACUCAGUGUCACCUGCUCUGGCUGUAAUUUCUUGAAAUGCGCCUUAAUAUUGCCUGAUAUCUUUAAAAUGUCUUGCAUGACUUUUGCCUUAAAAGGCCUUUUUGUUGAAGUGGACUUGUGCUUUCAGUGAAACCGCAAUCACUGAUUCACCAAAUCUCUUCUCUGCUAGUGUCAUUAAAAGAAGUAGUUGUGUUCUUAGUUUCUGUGUUUAGGGUCAAAGUUUACGCGGAUGUUACAGAAUGGUUUAUGUUUUUGUCACAAGGACUGAUCAGGAUUCUCAGGUUUACACUGAACAGAAUCCGUGGUGAAAUGUGUGUUUUUAAUAGUCUGGUACUUAUGUAUUUAGUGCGGACUGAUUUACUGUCAUUCCAACAAACACCAGUAAAGAUUAAAUGAA